AUGGCAUCGAAACCCAGGCUCAAUGUCCAGUCCUUUCCGAGACCGCCGUUGCUAGAGCGGACACCACGGCGAAUCCAGAUCAAGUGGCAUGGCGAGGUUAUUGCAGACACACACGAGGCAUAUUGGGUCCUCGAAACCCACCAUCCUCCGACAUAUUACCUACCCCCAACCUCGGUUCGUCUGCCCCUCUCGACGACGCAGCGAACAUCAGUAUGCGAGUGGAAAGGGGUGGCGACGUAUUACUCCAUGAUGAGCCCCAUCAACGCCUCCGAGACAAUACAAAACCGUAUAUGGUCGUACAACGAACCGACCAAGGCAUUCGAGCCGAUCAAGGGCUAUCUCGCGUUCUAUGCCGGGCCAUGGGACUGCUUUGUCGACGGGGAGCAGGUCCUGCCUCAGCCGGGAGAUUUCUAUGGUGGCUGGCUCACAAGUGAUAUCGAGGGUAUCGUCAAGGGACAGUGGGGGAAUAUGGAUCCUUUCAUAUGA